UUAUCAAGCUUUCAGCACCAUCUGCAUUUGUGCUACCGUUGCCCUCAUUCUUGAGAGAUGAAAUCUAGCUUGGACCAGGAGCUAGAGAUGGAGGUUCUUUCUCAUGGAAGCUGGAAUCAUUUCUGUAUCUUGGAAGUAUGAUAAUAUGCUGCCAUGAAUUUUUUAGGAUUUACCCCUUUGGCUCAAGAGUCAUGUCAGGUAAUUAAUCCCUUAAGUUCGAAGAAAUUCUCCUCUUUUUCUUAGGGUAGCUGAGGCUGUCUUUCUCCAGCUCCACUUGAAACAACUGCGAAAACUACAUCAUGGAAGGAGGCUAGUCUUUAUCGUGCGCAUCGUCCUCUCUAUACCCCCAUUUUUCCAAAUUCAUAGUCUGAAACUAAUCUCCAUGUUAUUUCCUAACAUGAGAUGUGCCUGUCAUCUUCUAUUUUUUGUCUCACUCCAAGCCUCCAAAGGACAGCAUAAACUGCAGGGAUCGAGACAUGAUGUUUGGUGGAACUUCAGCUUCUGUGGUGGUCAUCGCCAACAAUAACUUCAAAGGCUGCCUGCCGCCGAGUAUAGCCAACUUGGCAGAUACUUUAGAAGAGUUGCUGCUUAUCAACACAAACUUGACAGGUUGUUUGCCACCAGAAGUUGGGUAUCUCUACAAACUGAGGGUGUUGGAUGUAAGCCAGAACAAGAUAGUUGGUCCUAUACCUUAUAGCCUAUCAGGAUUAGCUCAUUUGGAGCAGCUAAAUUUAGCACACAAUCUGAUGACCGGGAUUGUACCUCAGGGAGUUUGUAUACUGCCAAAUUUAGCUAAUUUUACCUUCUCUUACAACUUCUUUUGUGAGGAAGAGGGAACUUGCAUGAAUCUUACAUCUAAAGGCAUCAAGUAUGACGAUCGCCGUAAUUGUUUGCCAGAGAAGCCACUCCAGAGAAGUCAGAAAGAAUGCAACGAUACACUCGAGCAUCCAGUUGACUGCUUUCAGGAAUGCUGUGUAGCCAGUGAAGGAGGCGUUGCUUUUGGUAGGGCUACUCCUUUCGCUCCUGCACUUGUGCCUGCCGCAACCCCUCUGCUGUCACCUUCUCUUGCUCCUAGCUUCCCAUGAGUAGUCUUGCACGAUAGUAACAAUAAAACCAAAAUAAGAUCCAAAAUUUGGCCUGUAGUUACAUGUGAAUCUUCUUUCUUUUUUUCUUCUUUUUUCCUGUAACAGAAGUUGUAUUUGAAUUUUGUACAUGUAUAUAAUCCUUGAAAAAAUUUUAUGUUACCCAACCCACAAACAACAGGACCUUGAAAACUAGAAGCUUUCACUGGCUUCUGUGUUCGAUAUGAUCCAUCAUCAAUAUUUCAAAACCCCUACUCGAUUACCAAACACGCAUAUCCACCUUAAUAAACUGAUGCAUAACUGGGAAA